CACGCCAAACACGCAGUCUCCUCCCGCCCAAGGGACAACUGGUCAGCGUAGGCAAGGCUGUUGUCCCUUUAAAACUCGAAUCCAAGGGGGUAAUGAUUUAUCAAACUUGUAUUAUCACGAAAAUGUCAAACCAAGGGCACCUUGCUUUGCACUGACGCAAACCGGUCUUUCCCAAGGAGAUAUAGAAAGCGCUUCUCCUGCUAGAGCCAAACCCAGUCUUGCCAAUAGCGGGUUUUACCGUCUACCGGUUCAGUCUGUUACCUGUGUUAGACAUGGAUUGCAGUGCACCAAAGGAAAUGAAUAAACAACCAGCCAACAGCCUGGAGGCGGCGGCGGCGCUGGGCCACCCCGAUGGCCCAUGCGCUCCUAGGACGAGCCCUGAGCAAGAGCUUCCUGUGGCCGCCGCCGCGACGCCGCCACGUGUGCCCAGGUCUGCUUCCACCGGCGCCCAAACUUUCCAGUCCACUGACGCGCGAGCAUGUGGGGCCGAUCGGCCAGGAGUGGGGUCUUGCAAACUCAGUAGCCCCCGGGCGCAAGCGGUCUCGGCGGCUUUGAGGGACUUGAGCCAGGCGCAGGGCGCGCAGGCCGCCCCGCCUCCUGAGGGCGCAGGCCUCGGCAACGCGCUGCAAUGUAAGAUCCCGGCUCUGCGCGGCCCGGAGGGGGAUGCGAACGUGAGUGUGGGCAAGGGCACUCUGGAGCGGAACAAUACCCCUGCGGUGGGCUGGGUGAAUAUGAGCCAGAGCACGGUGGUGCUGGGCACGGAUGGAAUCACGUCUGUGCUCCCGGGCAGCGUGGCCACCGCCGCCACUCAGGAGGACGAGCAAGGGGAUGAGAAUAAGGCCCGAGGGAACUGGUCCAGCAAACUGGACUUCAUCCUGUCCAUGGUGGGGUAUGCAGUGGGGCUGGGCAAUGUCUGGAGGUUUCCCUACCUGGCCUUCCAGAACGGGGGAGGUGCUUUCCUCAUCCCUUACCUGAUGAUGCUGGCUCUGGCCGGAUUGCCUAUCUUCUUCCUAGAGGUGUCACUGGGCCAGUUUGCUAGCCAGGGGCCAGUGUCUGUGUGGAAGGCCAUUCCAGCUCUGCAAGGCUGUGGCAUCGCGAUGUUGAUCAUCUCCGUCCUAAUAGCCAUAUACUACAAUGUGAUUAUUUGCUACACACUUUUCUACCUAUUUGCCUCCUUUGUGUCUGUGCUACCCUGGGGCUCCUGCAACAACCCUUGGAACACACCAGACUGCAAAGAUAAAACCAAACUUCUAUUAGAUUCCUGUGUUAUCAGUGACCAUCCCAAAGUACAGAUCAAGAACUCAACUUUCUGCAUGACUGCCUAUCCCAACUUGACAAUGGUUAAUUUCACCAGCCAGGCCAAUAAGACGUUUGUCAGUGGAAGCGAAGAGUAUUUCAAGUAUUUUGUGCUGAAGAUUUCUGCAGGGAUUGAAUAUCCUGGUGAGAUCAGAUGGCCGUUAGCCUUCUGCCUCUUCCUGGCUUGGGUAAUUGUGUACGCAUCCCUGGCUAAAGGAAUCAAGACUUCAGGAAAAGUGGUGUACUUCACGGCCACAUUCCCGUAUGUCGUGCUCGUGAUCCUUCUCAUCCGAGGAGUCACUCUGCCUGGAGCUGGAGCUGGGAUCUGGUACUUCAUCACACCGAAGUGGGAGAAACUCACAGAUGCCACGGUGUGGAAAGAUGCUGCCACUCAGAUUUUCUUCUCUUUAUCCGCCGCAUGGGGAGGCUUGAUUACUCUCUCUUCUUACAACAAAUUCCACAACAACUGUUACCGGGACACUCUGAUCGUAACCUGCACCAACAGUGCCACCAGCAUCUUUGCCGGCUUCGUUAUCUUCUCUGUUAUCGGCUUCAUGGCCAAUGAACGCAAAGUCAACAUCGAGAAUGUGGCAGACCAAGGGCCAGGAAUUGCAUUUGUGGUUUACCCGGAAGCCUUAACCAGGCUGCCGCUCUCUCCAUUCUGGGCCAUCAUCUUUUUCCUGAUGCUGCUCACUCUUGGACUUGACACUAUGUUUGCCACCAUCGAGACUAUAGUGACCUCCAUCUCGGAUGAGUUCCCCAAGUACCUGCGCACACACAAGCCAGUCUUUACUCUGGGCUGCUGCAUUUGUUUCUUCAUCAUGGGCUUUCCAAUGAUCACGCAGGGUGGCAUUUACAUGUUCCAGCUUGUGGACACGUAUGCUGCGUCCUAUGCCCUCGUCAUCAUUGCCAUCUUUGAGCUCGUGGGGAUCUCCUAUGUGUACGGUUUGCAAAGGUUCUGUGAAGAUAUAGAAAUGAUGAUUGGAUUUCAGCCUAACAUUUUCUGGAAAGUCUGCUGGGCCUUUGUAACCCCGACCAUUUUAACCUUUAUCCUUUGCUUCAGCUUUUACCAGUGGGAGCCCAUGACCUACGGCUCUUACCGCUACCCUAACUGGUCCAUGGUGCUUGGGUGGCUUAUGCUGGCCUGUUCCGUUAUCUGGAUCCCCAUUAUGUUUGUGAUAAAAAUGCAUCUGGCCCCUGGCAGAUUUAUUGAGAGGCUGAAGUUGGUGUGUUCGCCCCAGCCAGACUGGGGCCCUUUCUUAGCUCAACAUCGCGGGGAGCGUUAUAAGAACAUGAUCGACCCCUUGGGAACCUCUUCCCUGGGACUCAAACUGCCAGUGAAGGAUUUGGAACUGGGCACCCAGUGCUAGUCCAGGGGUGUGGGGUGGUCCAGACUCGAUCCUGGUUUUCCUCUCUGCCUCCUCCUUAUAUUUUCCCCGCCUUUCUUCCCAUUUUUCUUCUUCCUUCUCCCCACGUCUCGUUCCAUGUCCAUACAUGAGAGUGGCUGUGUAGAAAAGUAGGCCGUAGUGUCACAUGCCAUGGUGAAGAGCUGGACAGUCCCCUUGAA